UACUUCCUCUUGGUCUCUGAAAACGCCUGCAGAGUGAGAUCUCUCGCUCUCUAACCGCUCUCUGACUGCAGCUUCAGCACAGUUAGCAGCCCGAGCUAAUCCGGCUAACAGCUAACAGCUAGCUAGUGGCGCUAUGAUGGCGGAGCUGGUACAGGGACAGGCCUCGAUGAACCAGCCGGGGCUGAAAUCAGAUGGCCUGGCCGAUGUUUUACAGAGGGCCCGGCAGAUGGUGGGUAAGAUGGGCGGAGAAGCCAUGUCACACCUCAACAGUUCCUCAGGAAGUGUCGAGCCCUCGCUGUACUACCCCGGCCAGAAACGACCAGGAGAAGACGGAGUAGGUAAUCAGCUAGCAGCCAUGGGGCAUCAAAGCCGGGUAAUCACAGAGGAUUACAAGGUCCCCGACAGGAUGGUUGGCUUCAUUAUUGGAAGAGGAGGUGAACAGAUCACCAGGAUCCAGUUGGAGUCCGGCUGCAAGAUCCAGAUUGCUGCUGACAGUGGCGGUCUGAUGGAGCGGCCAUGUUCCCUGACUGGAACUCCAGAGAGCAUUGAGCAGGCGAAGCGUCUGCUGGUCCAGAUCGUGGAUCGCUGUAGAAACGGUCCAGGUUUCCAUGGCGACGGUGAAGGCGGAGCCUCUGUGCAGGAGAUGCUGAUCCCGGCCAGUAAGGUGGGACUGGUGAUUGGCCGAGGAGGAGAUACCAUCAAACAGCUGCAGGAGCGAGCAGGGGUGAAGAUGAUGAUGAUCCAGGACGGUCCGAUGCCAACAGGAGCUGACAAACCCCUCCGCAUCUCUGGAGACCCGUACAAAGUGCAGGCAGCGAGGGAGUUGGUGUUGGAGGUGAUCAGAGAGAAAGACGGAGAUUUCAGGUCGGGGCGCAAUGACUUCAGCGCCCGUCUGGGAGGAACCAGCCUGGAUUCUGUUUCUCUGCAGGUGCCAGUUCCCAGGUUUGCUGUUGGCAUCGUGAUUGGCAGGAACGGAGAAAUGAUCAAGAAGAUCCAGAAUGAUGCAGGAGUCCGAAUCCAGUUUAAAGCAGAUGAUGGCAUCAGUCCGGAGCGUGUUGCCAUGGUGAUGGGUCAGCCAGACCGCUGUCAGCAUGCUGUCCACCUCAUCAAUGAGCUCAUUCAGACCGCACAGGAGCGUGAUGGUUUUGGCUCAGCCCUGCGGGGUGGGAGGGUAAGAGGUCGUGGUGAUUGGACUAUGGGCUCUCCUGGUCCACUACAGGAAGUGACCUACACCAUCCCUGCUGACAAGUGUGGCCUGGUCAUCGGUAAAGGUGGAGAAACCAUCAAGAGUAUUAACCAGCAGUCUGGAGCCCACGUGGAGCUGCAGAGGAACCCUCCUCCCUCCACGGACCCCAACACCCGGGUCUUCACCAUCAGAGGCACCGCCCAGCAGAUGGACCUGGCCCGCCAGCUCAUAGACGACAAGAUUGGGGGUUCAGGUAUCAUGAGUAAUGGAGGUUUUGGCUUUAGUCCCUUCACCCAGGGCCCUGCUACACACCAGAGCUGUGGCAGCGGUCAGACCUUCCUGACUGGCGUUUGGGGAAACACCUACCAGACCAGCUGGCAGAACCCUGGACAACAAGACCCUGGUCAGCAGAGCCAGCCUCAGAGCUUGAUGACAGACUACAGUAAGGCCUGGGAGGACUACUACAAGAAACAGAGUCAGUCCUCUCAGCAGAGUUCGGUGCCAGACUACACUGCAGCGUUAGCAGAAUACUACAGGCAGCAGCCCUACCUGUGGAACGCCGCCCAGAUACAGGAUCACUAGAGGCUCAUUCAUCACCGAUGAAGGCCUCGGAUGGUCGUCGACGGCAACCAAAUCGGGGUUUCCUAGCAACGCUCUGCCGCUUCCUCCUUCCUUUUGUAGAGAAAAAUAAGGAUUAACUGAAAAAUCACGAACUCUUUUCUUUCUGUUUUUUAACCUUACAAAGUUGAUAUUUUGUCGGGCAGAUUUUUUUGGACUAGCCUCUGGUCUCCACAGUGUAGACCUGAUUUUUCUUUUUGUUUUAUUUUUUAUCAAACUUGAACUUAAAGAUGUAUCAGUGUGGCUUUGAACAAAAAAAUCCAGUAUAAUCUAUAUUUUGUCUAGUUUUAUUUUCCAAUAAGAAAACGGUAUAAGGCUUAGCAGUCUUGAGCAAGAAUCAGAUAUUAUUAUUAUUAUUAUUUUGUUUAUGAUAAUGUUUUAAAGCAUGCGCCAGAUUGUGUGUGUUGACUCUCAGUUAUUUUCUUCUUUUUUUUAUUUUGGCAUAGAAAUAUUUUAAUAGCGUCAGAUGGAAAUUUAAUGUUUUACCGUCAGAGACAAAACUGUUUUUUGUACUAAAUUUGUGCUCGCUGGGUCUGUUUGUUCUCGAUCUAAUUUUACCUGUUUAGUCGCCAUCUUGGAGGUGCAAUGACGCGUUUAUUGUUUUCUUUUGGUGUGAUGAUAGUUCUUAUUCCUGUAUCUCUAUAGUGACUCUUUAGUUUUUAUGAUGUAAUGAUGAAUAAAUGACGAUUUAUAUUGCGUUGUCUAAAGCCA